UUUAUGCUCCUUCGGCCCGUCGGAUUCGGCUGCUCGGGAGCGGCUCUCUCGGCUUUUCCCUUUCCGGGUGCACGGCGAGGAGAAAGUCUCUAUGCAACUCAGCCCCGGCGCGCACUUUGCCAGGUAUGUACCUCGGGCGAGGCGCGUUCUGCGCGGAAGCAGAUGCCGCGGCGGCGGCGGCGGCUGCCAGCUCCCGGGCUCUGUAACUGUCACACUGUACCUGGGCUGAACUUGAACAGAGAGUGAAGGGGAGAUUGGGCGAACGCUUUUGGCAGACACACGGCGUGCUCCUAGACGUGGGGGAGGAGGAUCUAUAUUAACGCCCCCCAGCCGUGCCCACCGCACAGCACCUCAGUCUCUGCAAAUACGGCCCGAGGAGUAGAAGCGGCGACCGGAUUCCCAAAGAGACGUGGGGCAGCGGCUGUGACCGCAUCUCGGAAGCUACAACAACAGGUCGCCUUUUUGAGACUCCUUUGGCGGGAAGGGCCACUUGGAAAGGGAAGGUUUGAAAGCUGAAAAGGAAGGUGGAAGGGUUCCCUAAUUCUUCAAAAGAAUACCACUGAGUGAGUGUCCUUCGUCUCCUCUAUCCUACACAACACAUACUGACCCCACGUUAUCCAGACUGUCAGGGAAGAAAUCAAAGACACCUGUUUGAAGAAAUUGCGGCAUCUAAAGUCACCUGUGUACUUAAUUUGUGCCAGGGCUGGCCUGGUCCAACUGGUGGAAGAGGUUUGUUUAGGUUUGGUUGGGUGUGAUUGUUAGGACAUUAUAUAUUUUUUUCCUCUGUUACUCCAAAUACUUGUCUUUGAGGGAAACUUGCCCUUCUGUGAACUGUGACUUCACCAGGAGCCCUACAUUGGAAUAAGGCUGAUACCUCUGGACCACGUUUCUCAGUAGUAUUUGCCUGACAGGAGGAAGUGGGUGAUUGUGGCUACUUUGAGUGACCCAUUGUAGACACUUGAUUGCCCUUCUGGCCUCCACUUGAAGGAACCAUGGCGGCGGGGGUAGCAGCGUGGCUGCCCUUUGCCAGGGCAGCCGCUAUUGGGUGGAUGCCUGUGGCCUCGGGGCCCAUGCCGGCUCCCCCGAGGCAGGAGAGGAAAAGGACUCAAGAUGCUCUAAUUGUGCUGAAUGUGAGUGGCACCCGUUUCCAGACAUGGCAGGACACCCUGGAACGUUACCCAGACACUCUGCUGGGCAGUUCGGAGAGGGACUUUUUCUACCAUCCAGAGACUCAGCAGUAUUUUUUUGACCGUGACCCAGACAUCUUCCGCCACAUCCUGAAUUUCUACCGCACUGGGAAGCUCCACUAUCCUCGCCAUGAGUGCAUCUCCGCUUACGAUGAAGAACUGGCCUUCUUUGGCCUCAUCCCAGAAAUUAUUGGGGACUGCUGUUAUGAGGAGUACAAGGAUCGCCGACGAGAGAACGCGGAGCGUCUUCAGGACGAUGCUGAUACCGACAACACCGGAGAAAGCACGCUGCCCACUAUGACGGCUCGGCAGAGGGUCUGGCGGGCAUUCGAGAACCCCCACACCAGCACAAUGGCCCUGGUGUUCUACUAUGUUACCGGGUUCUUUAUUGCCGUCUCAGUCAUCGCCAAUGUGGUGGAAACAGUGCCAUGUGGGUCCAGCCCAGGUCACAUUAAAGAACUGCCCUGCGGGGAGCGGUACGCCGUGGCCUUCUUUUGCUUGGAUACAGCCUGCGUCAUGAUCUUCACAGUUGAGUACUUGCUUCGCCUGGCGGCAGCUCCGAGUCGUUACCGUUUUGUGCGGAGCGUCAUGAGUAUCAUCGACGUGGUGGCCAUCCUGCCUUAUUACAUUGGGCUGGUGAUGACAGACAAUGAGGAUGUCAGUGGAGCCUUUGUCACACUCCGCGUCUUCCGGGUCUUCCGGAUCUUUAAGUUUUCCCGCCACUCUCAAGGCCUGCGCAUCCUGGGGUACACACUGAAGAGCUGUGCUUCAGAAUUGGGCUUCUUGCUCUUCUCACUCACCAUGGCUAUCAUCAUCUUCGCUACGGUUAUGUUCUAUGCAGAGAAGGGGUCUUCGGCAAGCAAGUUCACCAGCAUUCCUGCUGCCUUCUGGUACACCAUCGUCACCAUGACAACCCUAGGGUAUGGUGACAUGGUACCAAAAACCAUAGCAGGGAAGAUUUUUGGUUCCAUCUGUUCGCUGAGCGGGGUCUUGGUCAUUGCUCUACCUGUCCCAGUGAUUGUAUCCAACUUCAGUCGGAUCUACCACCAAAAUCAACGAGCAGACAAACGGAGAGCACAAAAGAAAGCCAGACUGGCCAGGAUCCGGGCAGCCAAAACCGGAAGUGCAAAUGCUUAUAUGCAGAGCAAACGGAACGGCUUACUAAGUAACCAACUGCAGUCCUCUGAGGAUGAGCAGGCCUUUGUUAGCAAAUCCGGCUCCAGCUUUGAAACCCAACACCACCACCUGCUUCACUGCCUGGAAAAAACCACGAAUCACGAGUUUGUGGAUGAGCAAGUCUUUGAAGAAAGCUGCAUGGAAGUUGCCACAGUUAAUCGCCCUUCAAGUCACAGCCCCUCUCUCUCUUCACAACAAGGUGUCACCAGCACUUGCUGUUCAAGACGACACAAAAAAACUUUCCGCAUUCCAAACGCCAACAUAUCAGGAAGCCACCGAGGCAGUGUGCAAGAACUCAGCACGAUUCAGAUUAGAUGUGUGGAGAGAACCCCACUAUCUAACAGCCGAUCCAGUUUAAAUGCCAAAAUGGAAGAGUGUGUUAAACUAAACUGUGAACAACCUUAUGUGACUACAGCAAUAAUAAGCAUCCCAACACCUCCAGUAACCACCCCCGAAGGAGAUGACAGGCCAGAAUCUCCGGAGUACUCAGGAGGCAAUAUUGUCAGAGUGUCUGCUCUGUAAGACAGUUGCAAUCAGGUCCAAGAGAACUUGAGCCCUGGCUGUGGAAAGAAUCCCAACAUGGAAGAAAGAAGAAACAAUAAACAUUUUGCAGAUGAAAAUGACAAAGCAAGGAGGUUGGUAGUGAAACAAAAAACCAAGCUUCCAAACCUGAGGAUGGACUUCAAACCACCAAAUGGCAUUUCUAGACGGAGUUUGACCUGUUAUACAGAGAAAUAGUCUGUGGCCCUUUGACUUUGUGAAUGAGCACAACGAAAUGCCGCCUAUUGAUGCUUCUUAUGAUCAGAACUCUUUUUUAAUAAAAUAAAUAAAAUAAAUCUUUGAACAUAAUGUUCCAGUUGAAUGCAAAACAAACAAAAAAAUAUGGAAAACAUUUUGAUAAAAAUUUUUCCUGUUAAAACCAUGAACAUUGGCUAUGAUAAUUAUUACACACUAAAAAAAGAAAAAAAGAAAAACUCAUACAACACAUUUGUAUUGACUGAAGGAAACCAUCAUAAUGCAUGCUAGAAUUCUUUGGAGCCGUGAUCUCAGUUUCCUUAUGUUGUCUUCAGAAUAGGCAUGAUAAACUAUAAUUGUAGAAAGAGGGAAUUUCUGUGCACUUACAACAAGCUGAUUGUUCAUGUUUCAUGGUGGGCUGUGCAAAUAAACUCCUUUUAGAACUGCAGUAUUUCUCAUGGGGAUGCUCACUAGUAAAUCUAAAGUGUUCAGAUAGUUCAGUAUUAAUUAUUGUUUUACCUUGCACCUAGAUACUGUUACAACUGCAAUAAUUCAUUGUACACCUGUUGUAUCAGGAAUCAGGAUUUUUUUGUUGUUGUGUUUC